GAUGAUGUUGGUGUGUGUUGAUGACAAGGCACCAGAGUACACCAGUCUCCCCAGGGGUAUUGAUAAAAGAAGGGAUAAAUAAAACCCGUUUAUUGGUUGAUAAAAAAAUAAAUAUUUAAGAAGGGGUAAUAAUAAUAAAAAGAGGAGAAAUAUUGACAGGGCACAAAGUAGGGGUAACAUCAGCUGUUCACUGACAGUUUGCCAGGCGUGAGCGUAAUGGGACAAGGUCGAGUUAAGACAAGAUUAACAAUUGAUUAUAAUGCUGGAGCUUGAAGUUGUACCUGAAAGAUCCAUUGGUUGUGAGCAAUGGGAAUUUAUUUUAGGAAUGCAUUUUUCUCAAUCUGUAUCAAUUAUACAAUCGCAAGUGGGCAUUAUAAGAGGAGUACAAGUACUUUACAGUGAUACUAAUCCAUUAGAAGUAGACUUAGUUAUAAAUUUACCUCAUGAUGGGGUAAGAUUGAUAUUUGAUCCAGUUGUACAGAGGCUAAAGAUCAUUGAAAUAUAUAAUAUGAAAUCUGUUAAAUUGAAAUACUGCAGUUUACCAUUUAAUUCACCAGAAGUUUUACCAUCAAUUGAACAAAUUGAACAUUCAUUUGGUGCAACACAUCCAGGUGUUUAUGACAGUGAUAAACAGGUUUUCGUGUUAAAUUUUCGAGGUUUAUCAUUUUAUUUUCCAAUUGAAUCAAAAUUUCAACCUGGUUAUGCUCAUGGUUUGGGCUCAUUACAAUUUCCAAAUGGUACAUCACCAUUGGUUGCUAAAACUGCAAUUUAUGUUGGUAGUAUGGGCUCAGGAGCUAUUGGAAGUGAAGAACAUUCUUUAAAAACUCCACCACCACCUUUACCAUUGGUUUGUUAUCAUAAUAAUUUAUAUUUAGAAAAAGCUGAAGUUGUCAGAGAUAAAGUUAAAACUCGAGGAUUAAGACUGCAUCUAUUUACUGAAGGAAGUUCAGCAAUGAGAGUUUUACUUGAACCGAAAAAAUAUAAUCUUACUAAAGAGGUCUGGUUUGGUGAUAGUUGUGAGGAUGUAUUGAGUGCAUUGGGUGCACCAUCAAGAGUUUUUUUUAAAGCUGAAGAUAAAAUGAGAAUUCAUAGUCCUCAUGCACAUAAAAGAGAUAAAACAAGACGUUCUGAUUUUUUUUAUAAUUAUUUUACUCUUGGUUUAGAUGUUUUAUUUGAUGCAAAAACUCAAUGUGUCAAAAAAUUUGUAUUACAUACAAAUUAUCCUGGUCAUUAUAAUUUCAAUAUGUAUCAUCGUUGUGAAUUUACAUUGACAUUACCACCAGAAAAUUGUGCUUCUGAUAAUGGAAAACUAAUUGAUGUUAGUCCAACUCCAAUCACUAUUACUGCCUACACAAAAUGGGACAAAGUGAGUGAACAACUUAAAGCAAGCUCACGUCCAGUUGUACUGAAUCGUGCAUCAUCAACAAACACAACAAAUCCAUUUGGUUGUACAUUUUGUUAUGGAAUAAGGGAUGCAAUUGUUGAAGUUAUGGCUAAUCAACAUAUUGCAAGUGUUACACUGUACACAACUGCGUGACCCUAAAAUAAUUGACUACAUUUUCAUAAAUUAUAUUAUAAAUGCUUUUGUGGUCGAUAAUUAAUAAUCCAUUAAAACAAAAUUCAAAAUAAAUAAACAAAAAUUACCAUUUAAAAACAAGUACAAGAAUAAAAAAAUGAAAAUUAACAAAAAAACAAGAAACAUACAAAAUACAAAAAAAAAAAAAACGUACUAAAAAUUGAAAAAGGAAAAAAAAAUAUAUAAAAAUAAAGAAAACACAAAAAAAAAAAUAUUUAAAAAAACAAAUAAAGUGUUGCACCCCUUUUUUUUGGAAAUCCUUGAAACGGAUAUUUCUUUUUUCUUUUGCUAAGGGGUUUAAUGCAGUUUUUUUUUCUUUUUUUUUUUUUUGUGUGUGUGCAAAUUUGAAGCUUUUUUUUUUUCAUAUUAAGAAAGCUUCGUCUGUGAGCAUGGGCACCGAAUCGAGUGAUAUGAUUUCCCGUAGCAUUUUAUUGUAAGCUAAUUAAAUAUUCAAAGAAAAAAAAAAUGAAAAGUUAAAAAAAAAAAAAACUAUAAAAUUAACACAUAAAUGACAAAAAAAAAAAAAUACUACAAAAAAGAAAAACAAAAAAAAAAAAGUUGUGAAAUAAUAUUUUUUGUUGUAUUUAUGCAAAUGGAUAUCGAAAAGUUUUCUCGGGCCCUGCCUAAUAACCGAGUUUAAAAUAAUUAAAAAAAAAAAAAACCCAUAAUAAUAAAUAAAUAUUAAAUGUAAUAGUAAAAAUAUAAAAAAUGAAAAUUAAAUAACUUGUUAGAUAAUAAUGGGCAAUGAUCAUGAUAACUUUUUAAUUUAAUUAUUAGAAUACCAGUUGACAUGUCAAAAUUAAAAUAAACUGGUUUUAUUAAUUGAAAAAAUAAUUUAAAAACAAAUAAAAAUAUAUAAAAUUAUUAAAACACAAAAAAAAGUAAUAAUCAUGUUUGCAUGAAUUAUAUAAAAAAAAAUAUGCUUAAUUUAUUUAUUAAGUUAUAAACUUUCAGUCGCCUUUGAUAGAUAAAAUUUUAUCGUAAUUAUUUAUAGACAUUGAGACAUAAUAAGAUUUAUUUAUAUAAAAAAAUAUAUUUCAUAUUAUUUUUUAAUUAAAAAAAAAAAAAUUUGAUUGUAAGUAAUUUGUUGAGUAAAUUAACAAUUCUAGUUUUUAUUUAUUAUUUUUUUUUUUUCUUUGUAAGACAAUAGAUUGUGUUUAUCUUUUUACGAUAUAAAUUUUCAUGAAAAUAAUGGUGAAUAAAUAAAUGAUAUAAAUAAAAAAUAUAAAAAGAAAAAAAUAAAAGGCAAUUUUCUUUUAUUUUCUUUAAUAUAUCUUUUUUAUUUUAUCAUUUUUAAAUUCUUGGUGAUUGUCAUUAUUCAUGGCACUUUAAAUAUAAUUAUUAUUUUUUUUUUUCGAUGAACGUAUGUACAUAUCUGGAGUAAACAUAUUGAUAAGCCAUACCGUUUUCAAUGUUAAAGUUAUUAAAGAAAAAAAAAAAUUUGUAAAUACUUCGAUCACUUUGUUGAGUUUAUUAUUUUAUUUUUUCACAUUAAUGACGUAUAUUAAAAUGACACUGUUUUUUUGUUUCUUCUUCUUCUUAAUUAGAAAAUUAAAAUUUAAAAUAAUAAACGUAAAUAAAUAAAAUAACAAAGUACCAUGUUAAGAUUUAUGAAAAUAUAAAUCUAUAGAAUAAUGACUAGAUAAAAAAAAAUAAAAAAUAAAAAAAAAACAAAUGUAAUCAUGUGUUUUACUAGAAGAAAAAAAUUUAAUUCAUAUUAGAAAAUUUAAGGAAGUUUUUUCUUUUUCUUUGAUAUGAAUUUAAUUAAUAUGAUAAUUAUAUACAUAUAAAUUUGGACUUUUUAAAACUGUCUAAUAGGUACUUACGGGACACAUUUUUUAUAAAUCAGUCAACGACAAAAAAAAAUCGUUUAAUUGUAAAGAAAAAAAAAAAAAUUAAUGAUAAUUAAAAUACCGAUAACUGUAAAAAAUGAAUAAAUAAUAUUUCGAUUACAUUUGGAAUGAAAAAUUAAGUAAUAAUAGUUCAGAUAAAUAUGAAAUAAAAUUUUUUGAAAAUAAAUUACCUUUAUAGGUACAAAAAAAAUAUUUAAAAAACACAAAUUUUGAAGAUUGAAAGAAUGCUGAUGAUUUUUUAAUUAAAAAAAAAUAUUUCAAAUAAUUUUUGGCUAAAAGAAAAAAUGAAAAAUAAAUAAAUAAAUGAUACAAAGGGUAAUUAUAUUUUUAUGGAAAUUAAUAUUUUUUAAUAUUCUGUUUUUUAUUUUUUUUCGUUAUUUUUUAAAUCAUGUGUGAGUAUGUGAAAUAAUAAUCUUGUAUACCUGAGGUUUUUUCCAAAAUGUGAUCAACUGACUCUCAAAAAUCAGUAAAAUGAAAUAAUAAAAAAACUGGCUCAUGAAAAAUGAAAUAAAAUAAAUUGCGAUAAAA